AUGUUGCAUGAGCUCAUCCAACUGGAAUAUGGUGCCCGGGCGCGUCCAUUGGCCCGCUCGCGUGCCCAUCACCGGCGGAGGGGGAGGGGGCCCUCCCCGCCUGCUAUAAAGGGGAAGGGAGGCCCGUUGAGGAAAAAAGGGGGUGCAUUUGGGGAGCAGGAGGCAGUCGCGGAGCUGGAGGAGGCUGGGACUCUCCCGGGGACCCCGCGCCGUCUGCCCUCUGCUUGCGUUGCGCGCGGCUGGAGAGGGUCCCGCGCUGGGCAGGUUCGCGUGGGUCGAUUGGCUCCUGGGCCCGGUUCUCUUACCCCGAAGCCGUUGCCAGCGUGUGGAGCCUGCGCCACACCUGCCCCCUGCCAAACCACGGCCUUUACCUGCGUGCUCCAGUGUUUCCCCUGUGACCCGUCUUGUAGGAGGACCUCGUGGGCCACCUCCGAGUUCACCCAGCAUUCGGUGGUGCCAAUGGUGAAGAUGACCCGGUCCAAGACAUUCCAAGCUUACCUGCCUUCGUGCCACCGCACGUACAGCUGCAUUCAUUGCAGGGCCCACCUGGCCAACCACGAUGAGCUAAUUUCAAAGUCUUUCCAAGGAAGCCAAGGGCGAGCCUAUCUCUUCAAUUCAGUAGUCAAUGUGGGCUGCGGUCCUGCGGAGGAACGAAUUCUGCUAACGGGACUUCACGCGGUGGCCGACAUUUACUGUGAAAACUGCAAAACCACACUGGGUUGGAAAUAUGAACACGCAUUCGAGAGCAGUCAGAAAUAUAAAGAAGGCAAAUACAUCAUUGAAUUAGCUCACAUGAUCAAAGAUAACGGCUGGGAUUGAGCAGCGAAGAGAAGAAUGCCUACAGACCCACGCGAGCGUUCACUCUUCUGACUGAACAUUUAUUUCCGAGAAUGAGCAAGUGAUUGGCACUUGCUUGGUUCCAUGCAUUCGGGGGCUUUGUUGUCGUCCUGGGACACUUCCUCGCACACCCCUUUGCCAUCCUGAUUGGUGACCGGCCUCAGUAACUUCUGUCUCUUUGCUUUUCGUAUCCGUUUGUGAGUCAACUUCGAGUUAUCUUCCUUUCGUUUCCCUCUUUCACUGUUCUGGCAUUGUGUUGUGUUGUGUUGUUUUUUUUAAAAAAAAACAAAAACAAGGAAUGAACCCAAUGCCAAACCAUUUCACAACUUAAGUCUCAGUAGAAACUGAAGGUCGCCUUUUGGGGGAAGAAGGUCAAGGCUUUUGACUCACGAGAUGGAAAUCAGUGCUUUGGGGCAUGGGGUAGAUGAGAGUGAGUGAGUAGAAUUCCUCCUUACACCUUUGUCCUUUUCAAUCCUGAUAAACCAUGGCUUGAAACUUGUGGACUGUAAAAAAAAAUAUAUACCUCAUGGCUGUGUUUUUCUCUGCAUCUCAAAAAUGUAGCCCUAACUUUAUGCUAGCUAGUUCCCCUACCCUUACCCCCAAACUAGUGUCUAUGUCUUCUUUGAUUUUACGUGGUUCCUCUUGAUUUUGUCUUUAUGCUAACCUUAUUGAAAAGAAAGGGGUGAACCUGGCUGAAAAAGAAUGUUUAAGAUCUUUGGUUUCUAGAAAAUUGGCCCACCCCAAAACUCUGCAGAGAUAAACUUGAUGGCCUGUUGUCUUGGAGUGCAAUCUGGCACCAAAGGGUUGAGGUUCAACAAAGAUGCAUGGAUUGCGUCAAAAGCAAACUGAGGGGUGGAGGAGAAUGGGAGAUGUAGCCAGAACAUGGAGGAGGAGGAAGAGGUGACACUAUGCCUACUUACAGAUGUUCAGGUCCUAGCAAUAGCUGUGAAACCUAACUGUUGCUCUGGGGCAUACAGGGAUUGGAGUUGCAGAUCCAAAGCUUGGCCAUCUGCAUUAUCCUUUUUCAGCAAGUCUCCCUGCACAGUUGCAGGCUUUGGCAGAAAUGUUAUGUGAAGGAAAUAUUUCAGAGCCUGAAAGUGUUCAAAUUCGGGUCAACCAGGAAAACCCGUGGUCCGUCUGCUGGGGGUUCCUUUCAUUAAUUCACUCCCGGUUUGGAAAGCCGGGGAACCCUGCAUCUCAACCACCUUCUUUCUCCCCAGUGGCCUUUCAGAGGUUUAGCUCCUCCUCCCAUCUGGUGGGUGGGGCCUCCUGACUUCCCACUUUGCUGAUGAUGCUCCUUGCACAUGACAAUAAUAGGGUGUGUUGUGUCAAGAGCAAUGAACCAAGAGGGCUGGUCGCUUACGCUGAAGAGUGUGAACCAGACCUGAUAGAAAGGGGCAAAAGAGGGUCCUUUUGCACUGAAAGAAAGCUUCAUUUGUGGGCAUUGGGGAAAAUACAUAACGAUGCACAUUAGGGAGCAUUGCAACAAUUCUUGUCCCUAAAAUCUGCAUCUUCUCCUGCCCUCCUCCUUGCUGUGAAACCUCACCAGAAGAGAACCUAGCAAGAACAUUGGGGGUGCCACCAACAUUGCCUUCCUUUGUUGGUUCUGAUCUUGGAGAUUCAGAAGCUGUCUGAAACCUGUCAGAUUUCCCAGGCGGCAAUGCCAGAGAAAUCCCUGAUGUAUCUUUUGCUGGCUUAAAAGGCAUCCUUGCCCCACUGACCUAGCUAAGGAUUUAAUUGUCUCUCCAGCUUUGCAGGAGAUAAAUCUGAAUGACGCUCUUGGUGAACUAAGUCUUGGUGGACUUAUGCACUGGAGACUUUGAAUCGGUCCCUUUUGUUCAUGGAUGGGUCUCGGGUCAAAUGAGAGGGUGGAGGAACUUCGGGAGAUUCUAGGUUUGUUUCUCUUCCCCCUCCCAACAACGACUCUCUGUUGCGUUUUGUAGGACAGGUCAAUCACGUAUGAAACUCUUCUGCCAUUUGACCUGACGCGUAAUACAAUGUUGGUUUUAAUGGAAUUGAUUUUAACCUCUCUCAACUCAUUCUUUUCUUAUCUUGGUUUUUUUUUUCCCUUUCAUUUUCAUUUGCUGGCCUGUGUGUUGGUGGAAAUCAUUCCUGUGGGAUCAGCUACGGGGCCAAAUCCGGCCCACGAUAGCGAGAACGAGAGAGAAAAAGAUUUCAUGUUCCGCAGGAGAAAAAGAAGAGAAGUUCUUAGUUUCCCUUAGGACUGGUUUCUGGGCGGGUGUCUUUGGAGAGUUUCUUGGGGGGAAGAUGAUUCUCAAGGGAGCAGAAAAACUGGGGGUGGGAAGAUAAACUGGACAGUCGAACAGAGGCAGGAGGGGGGAAAAGUCCUCUACUUUGUCACUUCGAUGUUUCAUGAGCUUAGCAGUGCGUUGGCGUGAAGAAUGACCUGGGCUCCCACAGCGGGUUUUAAUACUAUGCGCCCCCACAAAAGAAAGGCCAGUGUUGUUUCUGACUUCCAGAUGGGGGACUUAGGGUGAAGGGGGUGGACUUAACCACAAAUCCCUACAUCAGUGUUUCUCAAAC